AUGGCACCACUCAAUGCAGUGAAAAUAAUACAGAUCUGCCCGGUGGCUCCGCCGGACUCGCCCGCCCAAAGCUUCCUCCCCCUGACUUUCUUUGACGCAGUGUGGUUGAGAUUCCUCCCAACCCAACGCCUUUUCUUCUACGAAGUCACCUCUCAAUCUGAUCAACCUAUCUCAGACUCCAUCCUCCAUAAACUCAAGCACUCUCUCUCCCUCACCCUCAAUCACUUCCUCCCUCUCGCCGGUACCCUCGUAUGGCCCCCAACCUCCGCCGAACCCUUCAUCCGUAUCGACGCAGACAGCGCGCUUCAGCUCACCAUAGCCGAGUCCCACGCCGACUUCCACCAUCUCUCCGGAAACAACUUCCGGGACUCGGCAGAAUACCAUCCUCUCGUACCCACCCUGCCGGUGUCUGAGGCGGAAGCCCGGGUCAUGGCGCUGCAAAUCACUUUAUUUCCAGGCACCGGCUUUUCGAUCGGAAUAACCUCCCACCACGCCGCCCUUGACGGCAGAGCCGCAGCCUUGUUCGUGAAGGCAUGGGCUUCCCUUUGCAAAUUGGGCGGCGCUUCCUUGCCGCCCGAGCUAACGCCGUUCUACGAAAGGGCAGAUAUCGGGGAUCCAAAAGGGAUCAAGCAAAGAUACUUGGAUGGAUGGGAGAAGAGUGGCGGCCCCAACGCUAACAGAAGCUUAAUGCUCAUUGACGAGUUCAAUGCUCCGAGCAACACAAUCCGUGGGACAUUCAUGCUGAGACCUGAUGACAUAGAAAAACUCAGGGAAAGAGUUGGCCAAACGCUCGUGGAAAGGAAGAAGAAGAAACAAGAGGACCUGCCCCGCCUGUCAACGUUUACGCUAACUUGUGCAUAUGUGUGGGUAUGCCUAGUGAAGGCAGAGGGAUUGGAGAGCAAAGAUGGUCUAGCUCAUACUGGUUUCCUAUUCAGUGCGGACUGCAGGGGGCGGUUGGAGCCUCCAAUCCCGGCGACAUACUUCGGGAACUGCGUGGGAGCUUGUUGUGCGAGGGUAAAGGUGGGUGAUCUAUCGGGGGAGGAUGGCGUGGCGGUGGCUGCAGAGGCUAUCGGGGAAAGCGUAAGUAGUCUUAAUAAUGGCGGACUUUACGAAUACUUGGAAGGAUUGUGGUCGCAUGGUUCGUUCCCUGAUAAAAGUGAGAAGCGGAUCACGGUGGCGGGAUCGCCUCAGUUCGAGCUCUAUACGGCGGAUUUUGGGUGGGGAAAGGCGAGGAGGAUAGAGGUGGUGUCAGUGGAUAGGACUGGGGCGGUGGCUCUUUCGGAGAGCAGGGACGGCAGAAGCGGUGGGAUUGAGAUUGGGCUGGCCUUAAGUGAAGGAAAAAUGGAGGUUUUUGCUUCUUUGUUUGUAAAAGGUCUUGAGGCUUUGAAAUCAUAG